UUUUUCAUCCUGCCAAGGAAUCCAAAAACAUCAGCUGUCUCCCGUUUCCCGAGAGUUCGCCGACCAGUUUUGCUUUCAAACUGAAGAAAAAACUACAGUUUAACUUCACCAGGCACAAUCAUCAGAAUGAGAUGCAGGAAAAUAUUUUCAUUUUACCGUUCAGUAUGAGAAACAUUUUACAAGUGAUAAUCGUGUAUGCCCAAAAGGGUAUAUAUGAAGCCGAAAACAUCCACAACAAUGGAGUAACUAACAUAAAGCUCGCCGGUGACAAAGUGAUAGUCCCACGGUUGAGUGGACGAAUCGAUUCUCUGAGACUAGAAACGUACACGCAAGGUUGUCAGAUCGAUUGGGGUUUACGUCUGCAUAUGGGCGAACCCACGUACGCACCGGUUCGGCAGGAAGCAUUAGUUUAUUUCAGCAAUCCGUCCACAGCUUUGCCAGCUCAACAUAACGCAUCCGAGGAGGAGCUUCGAUGUAUUCUGGAGUUUCACCAGCAGGGUUACCAGUGA